AUGUCAGAGCAGUCAACGCAACUCUACAAGCACUUCACGAAUCACGAGAACUUAUUCCCCAGCAACAUCGCCGCGAGAAAUUCUUACAAGAUGUCUGGAAAAAUGAAUCAGGACGACAAGUCGCGCAUAAUGUCUGGCCAGGCGCGAGGCGGUAAAGAUAUGUCCUCCGGCGGCUUCGCGGCCCGCGCGCAGUCCGCUGCCGACAAGAACCUCAACGCUGGUGUCGGUGGCCAGCAGGGCGGACAGGGUGGGAAGGGACAGGGUGGGCAGCAGGGCCAGAAGAAGUAG